AUGGCUCGACCACAGCCCACCGACUCCUACGGCGAGGUGUUUGUCGACUCGGAGCCCAGCGAGCCGGAUGACGAAGCCGAUGAGGAUUACGCCCCCUUUUCAACAGCCAAACUUCAACGAUGGUCGAGUAAGCGCCAUUCCAAACCUAUUGUGAAGGGGAGGAAGAGCGAUGGCCAGCGAGUCGCGAGGGAGGAGACUACACGCGAGCCCAAACACGCCCAGAGGGAGAGAUCUGCCUCCGACAAUCAUCCUUCCAUCCCACAAGGCCCGUCCACACUCUACAGUCAGACAUACCUUGGAUCCAUCCUCAGACAGGCCAGCAAAGGAGAGGCUUAUCCGCCCCACCCACCCGCCCUCCAGCUGAACGCGGCCAACUAUGGUGGCGAGGCGGCUGUGCAGUCAGAUAUGUAUGACUGUCGCCCAAGCCUACAGAUCAGCACAACCGAGCCCAUCAUACGUUCAGCGCCCAGCAGCUCCAAGCCUUCGAGUUCCUCGAACCCUUUACUCAGCAAUCAGAGCCUCUAUGCCUUGCAAGAUGGGCAGUCAGCUCGCGUCCCAGUCCAUCAUCCGAUGGAGACCACCUGGGGGCAAGCAUGGCCUCAAUUGGGGACCCAGGCGGUCGGUGCGCGCCCGAACCCGCUCAAUGUUGAUCUUGCUGCCGAGUCUCUAAAGCGACUCACAAGUUUGCCUUCUCGAAGCAUGUUUCAGCCCAGUAAGAAGGCCAAGGAAGACACGUCCCCACCUGAAGCCUCUCAAAGCGCAGGGGUGAACCCAAACGAUUUGAAGCUCCCUUCGGGAUCUUCGCCCCUCGAUGGCCCAGGUUCGACUGGCAGUAUGGUGGAUCACUCUGUCAUGUCUGGCUCUCAAGCUAGCGUGGGCUCUGUUUUUUCCAGUCAGCCUCCAGUGUUGGCUGAAGAGGCCUUGCAAAGGCCUCGAUUGUCUUUGCCGCUGCUCUCUCGUGACCCUUCGUCGGAGACCACCGUUACGCAGAGCGACGACGACUGUUUCGACAUGCAACAGCGCCACCAGCCGUUCGCUUUCUACGACUCUUCUGCAUCGUCGCAACAAUCCUCUCAGCUACAGCAUGCUCUCCUCUCCAAGUCGGUCGACCCGCUCUCUUCUGUCACUUCGACAAACUUUGCUUUCGACUUUCGCCCCUCCACCGCCAACAGCUAUACCUCUUUCGGUCCCUCUGAGGCGAGUUCUCUCGCCGGGCCAGAGUACGCUGCCUCUCCCAUGGCUAGCAUGCCGCCCCACGACGCGACGGGUCAGCACUACAGCCCCUACGGUGUCCUCUCUCAGUCCAUGUCUGGGCGCCCGGCAACCUCUCAUGGGCCGUAUAUGAUGCCGUCCUUCAGCCACCAGAUGAAUCACUACGCACCAUCAUUCGCUGCCCCUCUUCCGUCUUGGAUGCAGCCUCGAUUGCAGCAACAGGCUCCAAGUCCUCACAUGAGCCGCCCUCAGACUUCGCUCCCGCUCUCUAGCACUUUCAGCAGUGCCGACUGGCGCCAACGGCUCGGCAAGAGGCGUUCUCAAACGCUCCCUCCCGAGCCUACCGCCAUCCCGGGGUCGGGCACCUACUCGGACAUGUAUGGAACGCCCUCUAUGUUCCAAGCACCCUUCCCAAUCGGUGAGAGAAGAAUGUCUUAUCCCGGAUUUGGGGGUGGGGCCAAGUACGGCCAGGGUCUUGGGUGGGCGCCAAAUAUCAUGUCUACGAGCUUCAUGUCUUCCGCAUUGGCUCCAGCUCAAACGCCCGGCGAGUCUCUCAACUCUGCUUUUGACAACAGAUCGCAAUCUCUAAGCCAGCAGCAGGCCACGAUACUCCACCCCCCACCCUUCGCCUCUCCCUCCCAUAUCAAGAGGGGUCACCGCCGACCGGUGCCAGGUUCCAAUCAGCAGACAGCCUAUCCUCCAUUUUCCCAGCCCUCUGUCAAGCAGGAUCAACCUCGCUCUUUGUCAUUCUCGCAUCCCAAAAUCCCUACAUCUGCCCAGCUUGAUACGCGACGACGAAGCAUGGGCUCGGGCCCAACUCCCAAGAGCGCGCUAGCUCGAGCCGUAUUCUUUGAUGAGCCCGAGAUCACGGAGACUGAGGUGGCGGUCUCAGAGACUGAGGGGGAAGAUGACGAGGGCGAGAGCGAUCAGAAUGACGAUGCCGAGUACGAGGAAAAGUCUGGCCAUGUCAGUUCUUCGUCUGAAGACGAGCCUCUUCGCCUGUCUUCCCGCACCUCUCGAGCGAGCAAAUCCAAGGCAAAGCCCAAGGCCACAUAUUCCUUUUCCAAGCGCACCCGGUCUUCUAAAUCUCGCUCCAAAUCCGCCUCUCAUGGAUCUCGCCCCAAGACUCCGAUGGACAUGUCGGAAACGCACGGUCAGAUGGUGUGCGCUUGCCCGUUGAUGCACAUGGCUAGGCCUGCGGAUGGAGACAAUGCAGAGCCUCAUUUGUGUACCACGAAAGUGACUGCCAAUAGGCUUUUGGUGCAGGGGCACAAGCUGUGUUCCUACUGCAUAGGGCGCGAUGGUCACGUUGAAGAGUAUGUCAAGGAACGCACGCGCACCAAGACUGUCGACAGACUUUGCUUCAUAUACGUCAUCUACCGCGAACUCAAGAUCGACCAGACCCACGGCGAGGGCCAGCGCUGGCAAAAGUACUGGGAACACCACCGACGCGAGCCAGUGGAUGAGGAGUAUGGAAAGAAGAUGCUGGCGUCGUGGAUCGAGAGGAUGGAAACGGAGAAGCGCAACUGGGAAAAGCAUCAAGAGAGAGCUGCGAAAAGGGAGGCUCAAGCUGUCAAAGCUUCCGAAAGCACUCGAGCUGCCAAGGCCAAGGCGGAUGAUGAGGACAAGAUGGAAUCUAUGGAGAAGGAGGUCAAGGCGAGGGCAAAGUCGAGGUCGAUUGCGUCUUCUCUCGAGCCCGACCCUGCGGAUUUUGCGAGCAUCCCCGAGCCCAAGUCUGUCUCUGUCAGCGACUCGUCUACCUCCUGCGACGACUGGGCACCCAACCCUUAUACCCACUCCUCUACUUCCCUUGCGAUUCCCAAGCGACCUAUCAAGCGAGGACAAAUCAAGUUGGAAGCCCAGCCCCACCGUCCGACACACCGCAGCGUCUCUACGCCCAACCCUGCCAUCAAGAAUUCCACAACCAUGACCAACAUCCCCAACUCAUCCUCCCCCGACUCUAGGAUUUCGGCAAGCCCUUUGAAGGACAAGUUUUGGAGCAUGGGCAGCGCUGCGGGCCUUGCGGGUGUUGCGGAUGUGGAAAAGUGGGAUGGGAGAGUGAGCUUGUCGCUUACGCCGCCUCCAGCGGAAGAGAGGGUGGAGAGCAAGGAAGUGCGGGACUGGGAUGUGGAUGAGGCUGUCUGGAGGGCGUUAUCAAGCUCGCCUGGGGAUUAG